AUGUCUUCGAAAAGAUUCGAGGAUACCUUGACAAGAUCAGAUUGUUCUCUCGUUCGAGGCGAACGGAAUGCUGGAUUUGAAAACGGUGAAGAAUCUAUCCAGGAUUCUGUUGAGGCUUGUGGGGAUACGCAAAUCGCCAUCCAGAAAGAACAUUCUGACAUAUCUUCUGCAAUCCAUAAGACAGACUUUGUGGAUGAGAGCAAACUAAAGGAGUGCGGUGACUCAAGAUGGAGUACAUUCCAGAUCUCUCAUAUAGGAAUUGUAUAUACAAUUACAUCCGCUGUGAUCCUGUCACUCUCUGCAUGGCAUGAUCGUGGUGUACCUCUCAGGAACACUGGGUCCGAACCAGCUUCUAUUUUCCCGGACAACUAUACAGCUCCUCUUCUGCCUACCGAUGAGUGCCCUCAAAAGGGUUUCCUUUUCACACAGCCGCAAAGCGUACGGUUUACUUUUCCUUCGGUUUAUCCUUGGUGUAAUCAAUACAGCCCUGACAUACCAUGCAUACUGUACAUAAUCUAUCAAAUCAUGCCGGUUUCAAGUUCAAAAUCUAUUCAGUACAGCGCUCCUGUGUUUGCAGGACUGCUUGGCUGGAUAUUGUUAAAGGAAUCCUGCUCGUUUUUGGACACUCUUUUCUCCUUUCUGACUCUCGCUGGUGUUUUCCUGAUCGCGCAGCCACCGUUUCUCUUCGGGAACCCCGAAUUGGCUGGCAUAGCUUUCGAUGCGAGAGUUCUUGGUUCGGUACUGAGCCUCUUAAGCGCUUUCCUUUGCGCGACCAUCUUGAUCCUUAUGCGAAAACUUGGGUUUUAUAAGGUUCCUUCGUUGGUCGUGCUUAUUUUCUACUCAAUCUGUGGGUUAUUGUUAUCUUCAUUUCUCACGACCGUCUUACAGCAAUGGACACUGCCUGGAUGCGGAGCGGAUCGCAUCAUUCUCCUUGCCAAUGGAGUUAGUAACUUCUCCUCCCAAAUCCUAAUCUACCUCGCCCUUAAAACGGAACGGGCUCAAACUGUUGCUCUCGUCCACUCAUGUGACAUCCUCUUCUCAUUCACCUUAGAAUAUUUGUUCUUUGGUGUCAUGCCGAACUAUAUUACAGCAAUCGGGACCUUCGUGAUCAUCACUAGUUUUGUUGGGAUUACGUUGAAGAAAUUGUGGGAGAGUCGAAAACUUGAAGAAAGGCAAGAGGUGAAUGGGGAAGACAACCAAAGCGGCAUCUCCAACAGCUGACAAGAAAGUGAACUUCGUUAAAUAGACACAACGUCGCAUACAGCCUCUGUCAUUUCAACAAGUGUUCAUAUAGUCUUCUUCAAAGAAAACGAAAACGUAUUGAGAGAGAUCCCUAAAUAUCAUCAUUAUUCAAAACUGAAAAACAAAAAUCAUUGUACGGUAGAAUCAAUGGAUGACAAAAAAUAAUGCUACUUUUAUUUUUGUUAUGUUGGAACACGAGAUAAAUCUCCAAAGAAAUGCCUUAUAUUGAACCUUACUAAAGGUUUAAGGCUUUUAAUCAUUAUAUUCUUAGAUUUUAUCGUGAAUGGUAUUGAGUCAACACAUAUUCUCCUUUUCUUGUUUAUUUUUUCAAGCAUAUGCCAUCCCGGAAAAUAAUGUAUUACAUACUCUCACAUAAAAACACUAGUUAAUGUACAAAUGA